CCACGCACGGCCCGAGAUCUGCGGCUUGAGAUCGACUGGCUCCCUACGGUGCGGGGCCUUUCAAUCAUCAAAUUCCACAAGUUUGGGUCAUACUAGUCAAAGAUAUGAAGGGCUGGGGAACCCCACGACUUAGGAGUGCGGACUCAACAUUUGGCCUCUUCCAAGGCCAUCUUCCCUGGACUUUCUUGUUUACUACGCGAGUCUUCUGACACCAGAUUUCGCUCCUGUUGGUCAUUCCUUACACUCGUUUUACCAUGAGCUCUGUUACAGACUACAAGGUUGCCUCAAUGGCCUUGGGGUUCUCACUUGGUUUUGGCUUCUUGACUGUUUGGCAGGCCAUCAAACAAACGAAGCGGAACCGAAAUCCUUUACGAAGUGCAUACAUCUACAUGAUCUGGGGAGAAAUCGCGGCGAAUGUUGGACUCGGAAUACUUGGCUACUUGUUCCUUAAUGGAGUGAUCAAGCCUGGCAUCCCGAUUUUCUCCUUCAUCUUACUCUUCUGGGUAUUUGAGAUCCAGCUUUUGAUGCAAAUCAUCAUCAACAGAAUCAGUAUCAUCGCCGAGUCUCGACAAACGAUCCAAAGACUAAAAUGGGGUACCGCUUUCGCCGUAACGUGUAUCAACAUUGCUGUGUUCUGUAUCUUCAUCCCGUCGCACAUGGACCCCCCUGUGAGCCAAACGUUCGUCACUAUAAACAAGUACUGGGAUAGAGCCUCAAAGAUUCUCAUUUGUAUCAUCGAUGCUGGACUUAACUGGUACUUUCUUCGCAUUGUUCAGGAAAGGCUUGUGAAAGAGAGUCGUCUUACCAAGUAUCGACCACUGGUCUCAUUCAAUGCAAAGUUGAUGAUUCUGUCGGUGGGUAUGGAUAUAUUGCUGAUCGGCCUUAUGUCGCUUCCAAACCAGACGGUAUUCAUCCAGUUCCAUCCCGUCGUCUACCUGGUCAAACUUAACAUCGAAAUGUCCAUGGCUUCUCUGAUUACCCGACUCGCCCGAAAGAAGAUGACCGACGAACUAUAUCCCUCCAUGUCAUACUCUGCCACUCCCAAAGGCCAAACUCACGACGAUCUUGAGCACGCCCAAGGGUUUGGCGCUUCUAUACAAAUGACGCAUAAGUCGAAAGCCGCAUCCCGGUCAGAAGAUUCACUCGAAGGCCUAUCAGACGUAUCCGAACCCCCGAAUGGUAUUCAUCGACGAAUUGAAGUCAAGAUUGAGUCUGAACCUGGCGAGCAAGAUCGGGCUGCGGGUAAGGGAGUCAUUUUUGGUCCUGUAGAGGUUGAACUGCCCUCUCCACGCGGCGAAGGUCGACCGAAGAGGAGCCGCUAUGAGAACAUCGAGCGGGGGCAGGGAGUAUCUUAAGAAUGAAUUGUUUCUCGAUCCACGAUCUCUUAAGUUAUUUAAUAUUUAUGUAAAUGCCGAUUAUGUAUAAGCUAAUUAUCAUCAGUUUAUAAGAAAACAUAAAA